CCUGACUGGGCCUCGUAUACCCUGGGAGUGUUCAUCUGCCUGACCUGCUCCGGAAUCCACCGGAACAUCCCCCAGGUCAGCAAGGUGAAGUCCGUCCGCCUGGAUGCCUGGGAAGAGGCCCAAGUGGAGUUCAUGGCCUCCCAUGGGAACAACGCUGCACGAGCCACUUACGAGUCCAAAGUGCCGGCCUUCUACUACCGGCCCACGUUCGCCGAUUGUCAACUCCUGCGGGAACAGUGGAUCCGGGCCAAGUACGAGCGGCAGGAGUUCACUCACCCCGAGAAGCAGGAGCCCUAUUCUGCAGGAUACCGAGAGGGCUUUCUUUGGAAGCGUGGCCGGGACAAUGGGCAAUUUUUAAGCCGGAAGUUUGUGCUCACGGAACGAGAGGGGGCCCUGAAAUACUUCAACAGAAAUGAUGCCAAGGAGCCCAAGGCCAUCAUGAAGAUCGAGCAUCUGAACGCCACCUUCCAGCCUGCCAAGAUUGGCCACCCGCAUGGCCUGCAGGUCACCUACCUGAAGGACAACAGCACUCGCAACAUCUUCGUCUACCAUGAGGAUGGCAAGGAAAUGGUGGACUGGUUCAACGCGCUCCGUGCCGCACGCUUCCACUACCUACAGGUGGCGUUCCCAGGAGCCAGUGACGCAGACCUGGUGCCGAAGCUCUCCAGGAACUACCUGAAGGAAGGCUACAUGGAGAAGACUGGUCCCAAGCAUACAGAAGGUUUCCGGAAGCGCUGGUUCACCAUGGAUGACCGGAGGCUCAUGUACUUCAAAGACCCCCUGGAUGCCUUUGCCCGUGGGGAAGUGUUCAUUGGUAGCAGGGAGAGCGGCUACACGGUGCUGGAUGGGCUCCCGCCGUCUACGCAGGGCCACCACUGGCCACACGGCAUCACCAUUGUCACACCAGAGCGCAGGUUCCUGCUAGCCUGUGAGACCGAGUCAGAGCAGAGGGCGUGGAUGGAGGCCUUCCGGAAGGUGGUGGACAGGCCCAUGCUGCCCCAGGAAUAUGCAGUGGAAGCCCACUUCAAGCAUAAACCCUAGCAAGUGGCCCAUGGACUCUGGACUCACUAGACGAGGCUGGCGAGGAAGCAGCAGCUGAAUCUUGGGGGCCUUCAGUCGGAGGGGGUUGGCUCCUCAGCCCUGUCCUGCCUGAGGGGGCAGCCCUGGAUAUGGUCAGGUGGGGCCUGAGCGCUAACCACCAGGACGUAUUCUCUGGAACCUCAUUUUAGCCCAUCCUGACCUCUGACCCCAUCAUGCUGCUGCCCCCUGGAUGUGAUACCACUAGCCCCUCCUUCGCGCCCCCCUCCCCUCCUACCCCUGCACUCCCCACUAGCCACCCCUUCAGCCCCUCAAGGAUCCUCCCUGUCCAACCCUGACGGGUGGGCUGUGGAGACGCGGGUGGGCUGCAUGCUCCUCUCCCACUCCCUCUGCCCCCUCCAGGCUCCUUCCUGACUACGUGCCACCCCUCCCCCAACAAGUAUU